AUGACGACAAGUAGUGGUUUUAGACCAGUACAGAGAAAGAAUGGAUCUACUGUUGCCGAAAAUUUUCAAGGGCGUGGAUAUAAAUUAGAUAGCACUAGAGAACGUGAACUUGAAUCUGAACCGCUUGCAGAAACACGAUCAGAUGGGCUUGCAAAAGAGUUGAAAUUAAAAAAUGAAAAGAUUUUACAUCUCCGGAAAAAGUUAAAUCGAACCAGCGAUGCCAAAAUACAAAAUGACUCGAAUAUAAAACAAUUCAAAGAAGAAAUCAAACAACUCAAAGAAGAAAUCAAACAGUUACAGAUAUUACAAAAAAAUGGAAGAAUAAAGUUAUUGGAAGAGGAAUUAUUUUCAGCUCAGAAUGAUUUAUCUCUAAUAAAAUUCGAGAAUAAAUCCCUCAAAUCUAAAUUAACUGAAUUGGAACAUAUGAAUAAUGAAUUGGUGCAAACAAAAGAUGAGUUAUCUUUAAAAGUCGGUGAGGUGGAAUGUUUAAAAUUGGAAGCCAUAUCUCUCCAGGUAGAAUUACAAUCAGAUGAAUCAAUUGUUGGAGGUAAUGAGCCUCAAGAAAACAAAAUGAAUUCUCAGGAUGAAAAAAGUCUUCGUAAAUAUUUACGUAAAGAUAUUCUGGAAAAAAAUGGCAAAGCUAGCACGGCUAAAAUGCCAGAAGUAAAUUCUUCAUUUAAUGAUACAUCACAAAUUGCAAAACAGAUAAACGUUUCCGGUGGAAAUAUUCCCAACUCCUCUUUGGAUAAGUCGAAUUCCGAGAUUUCAGUGGGAGGAAUAGAAGCAAUUCCUGCUAUAGCAAGCGUAUUAGGUUCGCCAAAAAUUCCAUGGCUGAUGCUGACUUUAUUGAUUAUUAUUGUUGUAUUGGUUAGAUUUAUUCGACCUAUAUUGAAUGCAAAUAAAAAAAAUGAACCCGGGAUUAUUCGUCCACGUAUAACUAAGAAUUUAUUACCUAUUGAAUCUAAAAUUUUUUGA